ACCGCGCUCGCCAAGUCGCACUGCCACCCUGAGCCGCGCGACCGGACCAUGUAAAUCUCCGCCCGGGAAACCGAAGCAACCGCCCAGAUUGUGAUAGCAACCCACUGUGAUACUCCAUCCUAGUGCAAACCUGUGGUCCUCAGUGCUCCCUAGUGACCGAAAGAUGCUCGCGUGCUGAUCCGCCAAUCGGGUAACCAUGCGGGUGUCCGGGUUCCGCGUCUUGUCCGGUGUCUUGUUCAGUGUCUUGUCCGUUUCCGUGUCCGUCGACGGGGUUUCAAGUGUGUCCGCCGGGCAGCGCAAGGCUCUCCAGAAGACGCCCCGAUACGAGACUGAUGAUGCCGUCGUCGUUCACGCGGCGCCUAGAUUUCUGAACGAGACAACCCGCAACACACGGGCGUCGAGCACGGCUGCACCGCGGCCAUCGCAGGGCCAGCGGCAACGACGACAGUUCGAGAACUGGAUCGCCGGCGGGAGCGGGGAAGUCGGGCCGUGCUUCACCGACCGGGGGCUCUUCGGCAAGUGCAUGUCCUUCAAGAAGUGCUACCCCUUCUUCAAACUCCCGCAGCUGAGCAGCCAGCAGACCUGGGUCUUCGGCAUGUUCGACACCUGCACCUACUUCACAUCCUCCGGUAAACAGGCCUACGGUGUAUGCUGUCCUGAGGUAGCCCUGAACCCGAUCUUCCAGAUCGCAGCCGACGACGAAGACGACGAAAAACCCCUGCGAUUUUUCAACAAACCGCUGCGUCAGUUCCAGUCACCGGCCAUUCCAAACGACUGGCCGCCACCCAUCCCAACCCCCCGCCUCUCAACCCCAACCCCAACCUCCGUCGUGGCCUGCAAACUGGCCACCGCAAUACCCCACGGCGGUGCCGCCCAACUGGCCUCCACCCCUGCCCACUCACCCGCCCGCCAUGAGUCCUGUUUAUCCGACUCUACCUUCUACUACCGAGAAGCCCGCUAUCGUGCCCGUUGAGACCGGGGGUGGCGAUUCGACCCCGGAUUACAACAGCGCACAGUGUGGCCUCAAGAACGGACUGGAACGCGAGGAGGACAGGAUUGUCGGAGGUCAAAAUGCCAGACCUGGAGAAUGGCCUUGGAUUGCUGCUUUAAUGAAUGGAGGACGCCAGUUUUGUGGAGGCUCACUGCUUGAUAAUCAACAUGUCUUAACAGCUGCUCAUUGCGUGGCUCACAUGAGCUCUUGGGAUGUGGCCCAAUUGACGGUGAAUCUUGGAGAUCAUAACAUUAAGAGUUCCUCUGACGUGCGGCACAUUGAGAAAAAGGUGAAAAGGAUAGUCAGGCAUAAAGGUUUUGACGCUCGGACAUUGUAUAAUGAUGUUGCCAUUAUAACUUUAGACUCACCAGUGACGUAUUCGAGGAAUAUCCGCUCUAUCUGCCUCCCAUCAGGCAACAAAGCGUAUGCAGGGAAGACUGCCACUGUGAUAGGGUGGGGAAGUUUGCGAGAGAUGGGUCCUCAACCGGCCAUACUGCAGAAGGUGAACAUACCCGUUUGGACGAACCAGGAGUGUAAAGAAAAGUACGGGCCAGCAGCCCCUGGUGGAAUCAUUGAUACAAUGUUGUGCGCCGGGCAAACCGCUCAAGACUCGUGUAGUGGUGACAGUGGGGGCCCGUUGAUGGUUGAAGACGGCACAUGGACACAGGUUGGAAUAGUCAGUUGGGGAAUUGGCUGCGGGAAAGGCCAGUACCCUGGAGUUUACACACGAGUAACUCACUUCAUGCCUUGGAUCAAGAAGAACCUGAAAACGUGAAAGGAAAAUCUACUUUAAAUUCUUCCAUACAUAAAAAAACAACAAAAAACGGCACAAAGUCAUCUAUUUUGAAAGAUUUUUAGGCAGCACAAAUCGAGGUUCAAAAUACCUUGCUAAGCUAAAAUUUAUUUGUGUUGGCAAUUUUUUUUAGUCAGGCUAGACUUUCGAAUCAAUGCAAAUCAAAAUUCUAACAAUUGUACUGUUCUCUGACAAAAUUUAGAUUGAUUUGACACACUUUCAUUCAUUUUUUUAUUUUAAAUCUAAAAAAAGGUGCAUUGCUUUUGGUUGGAGCAAAACUCCAACCAAAAGCAAUGCACUUAAAAAUUCAAGUGGCUCGGUAAAUCAAAAUUUUAAACAGCAAAACUGAGCUGCAAAAGUUAUGGAAGAAUACAGUGCAGUUUUAAGAGGUGAUAAAAACAAAUGUGAUAAUGUGCAAUAAUUAUUGUGCCAAUUUUAAACGUAGGUAUAAAAAUGUGAAAAAAAAUUAAAUUAAUCUGGAAACAAUUUUAUGUUUCUAUGUCAUUAUUUUGACAGACAUAUUGGAGCAGAUCUUGUUCCACACAAUUAAAGAGACCUUUUUAUGUUCUUGUGCAGAUGAUAAAAAAGUCAUUUGCCCACGAAUAUGAAAAAAUAGUGCUUCCCUGGAAUGAGUUUUUGCCUUGCCUGUGAAGGCAAGGCAAAAAAAGAUGACAUCGGUGGAGCUUUCAUUGAACCGUUAGAGGUUCGUUCUGAAUUUGAUGGUUGUGAAUAUGUAAACCUUCAUAGCGCUACUACCUCUAAAAGCACACAUUGCUUCAAGUCAAUACAAAUGACUGUGAACUAUUUUAAGGGGUAAUUACCCUCCCUCGAAUGAGAGAGUAAUGUAAAAAUGUUGUAAGUACAAAAAAAUUUGAAAAAUUGGAACGCAAGUGUAAAUUUGAGAGAGGAACCAUGGAGAUGAAAGAGAGAUGAUUGAACAGGUAUACGAAAUCUUUAAAUGUGACUAUUGCACAAAUGCUGUAUUGUUUCCCGCAGGAUUUUGAAGGAAACACCUGAGAGGUUCAAUUCUAAUUGUCUCAGCAGAAUAAACAAAGCAAACUGAAAUAAUCAAAAAUAAAAAUUGUGAAAAUAAAGUUUCUCAUCUAUCAAA